CUUUUCUCAUGACACUUGUGUCUUAUAUCAAAAUGGUGCAGAGUAAACCACUUGCCCAACAUACAAGAGACUACACAGGAGAUUCCUUAAGCCCAAACUCCCUGAUCCCACAAACCUCCAUCCCAUGGCCAUGGAUCUCACAAGCCCAAAAUACUUUCAAGCUCAAUCUAUGUUUGCAUCAAACGGGGAACCUCCAUUAGAGGGCAACACAAGCUUCUAUGGGAAAAGCAAUGACAACCCAUUUGUAGACACCUUCCCUGACCCACUUUGCAAGCUUAAUCUCAAAGAGACUUCUGAUUUUGUCAAGUCAUUUCCAAUGGCAAACAACAUCACAGAAGGCAGAGGCUUUCUUGAGGUUUCAGCUCAGAGGAAAAGAGAUGGAGUGAACUCAGUUACUAGCCAGAGGAGAUUAGAGGCUCCUUCUACUCCCGGUAGACCAGUUUUCAGCUUUAGUACUGUUGGGAAUCAUUCAAGGAAAAGCUUCCCUUCAAAGUGGGAUGAUGCUGAGAAGUGGCUAAUGAGUAGCUCUUGCCAUGACUCUCCUGCUCAUAAUAACAUAAAACCAUCAGACUCCUCAAAGCUCACCAAGCAGUACUGUGAUAACUUUAAGCAACAGGUGGAGAUCUUUGCGGAGAAAUCAAGGGUCACUGAAGAAAAGGUCUCAAAAGUUGUCUCAAGCUUUCAAGGGUCUGCAGCAGCAUCUUUGGACCAACGUAACUCAGUUACAGCUCUCAAUGGGACCUCAGCCUCCACGGAUGUACUUCUAAAAGAUAAAUUCACAGACGACAUAGAAGCCAUUUUGCCCAACUUUAGAUACUCAGAGCCAACCAAAGAGGGGUUCUUAUUCAAAAACUCAGCUGGUGCAACUAUGAAAGAUGCCUGUACAGAUGUGGUUCAUGAGGUACAUCACAGGGAUAUUGGGACAGAAAUGACUCCCCUAGGAAGUUCUACUACUUCUAGGUGCCCCACACCAUUCAAAAGUUCAUCACCUGCACGCCAUAACACGCCUGCAAAUAGGUCAGGACCAUUGACCUUGGAGAACUCUAGCAGCAGCACCAAUAGCACCAUUGACAUUUCCCAGCUGCAAGAGUGCCAUUUAGCUAAGUUACAACUUGGGAAUCAAUAUGAUUCAGUCACGUCAAAUUGGAGCUCAAGGGAAGAGGAGGAAGAGCAAGUAUCAAAGAGCUUGAGGCAUUUUGAGGAAGAUAAUGGGUGCAGGAAAAGUGUUUCAGACUCCAGAGCUGCUGCAUGGGAAGAAGAGGAAAAGACGAAGUGCUGUUUCAGGUAUCAAAGAGAAGAAGCAAAGAUUCAAGCUUGGGUCAACCUACAGAAUGCAAAAGCAGAAGCUCAAUCAAGAAAGCUCGAGGUAAAAAUACAAAGGAUGAAAUCAAACUUGGAAGAGAAGUUGAUGAAGAGAAUGGCAAUUGUUCAUAGAAAAGCUGAAGAAUGGAGAGCGGCAGCACAGCAGCAACACUCUGAGCAAAUAGAGAAGGCCAGUGAACAAGCACGGAAGAUAAUAAGCCGGCAUAACUCAUAUUUUUCUGGCCACAGCUCAUGUGGUUGCUUCCCUUGCAAUAACCAUUAUUGACAAUGAAAUGAAAAAAAGACGACUUUUCCAUUGUGCAUUUCUAGUCUCUCAAUGAAAAGAAGGCUACUAUGGAUUUCA